GCUCUACAGAGGACGUCAGGAUCGCAUCCAUCCUCAACGCGAAAUGCUUUGCGAACAGAGUCUAAGUCAAGCAAUCCUCCCCGAUUCCGUGCGUUUCGGCGAGGAGGCAUUUACAUGCUCGGGCAUACAAGCGGGCUAAAGAACUCCUCGGCGAAGUAAGAAGGUCAUUUAAAGUGGGAAGAGCGCUCGUGUCGAGUAUGGUCUUUGCUAAAGGAAACAUCACAAAGAGCCAUCAUCAGCUGUAACUUCGGGAUUUACUUGUAAAGGCGCUUUUACCGGAGGUCGUGGGAUAUUCUGUGUGUAAACAUGCCUGUAAGAAGAGGUCACGUUGCGCCACAAAACACAUUCCUUGGAAUAAUAAUUCGGAAAUUCGAGGGUCAGAACCGGAAAUUUGUGAUAGCCAAUGCCAGGGUGGAGAACUGUGCCAUCAUCUACUGCAACGAUGGCUUCUGUGAGAUGACAGGCUUCUCCCGACCGGACAUCAUGCAGAAGCCGUGCACCUGUGACUUCCUCCAUGGUGACCUGACUGACAAAGAAGCCAUCAGCCAGGUGUCCCAGGCUGUGCUCGGGUCUGAGGAGCGCAAGGUGGAGAUCACCUACUACCGUAAGGAUGGAACUGACUUUCAGUGUAACACUCACAUAAUCCCAGUGAAGAAUGAGGAGGGCGUGGUGAUGAUGUUUAUCUUAAAUUUUGAUUACGUUGUGGAUGAGGGAAGUGACAGCUCAACCGAGAAGAUAAGCCCCACGUCCCCUACAAAGUCAGAUCAAAGGAGGAGUAGAUUCUUCCGCUUCCGCCAGGCUGCUUUGAGCCUAAUGAAUACCAACAAGCAAUCUCUUCCGCAAGAGGACCCAGAUGCUGUGAUGGUGGACUCACCCAAAGAGAAUGAAGACUCAGUGGCCCUACAGAGCUUCCCCUCACCCACCAAGAGCAUUUGUAGUCCCAUCGAGGCAAAUGACACACAUGCCCUCAUAGGCUCAAGCCACCACUCUUCCCAGGCAAGCGUCGGCCCCGAUCCACUUGACCAUUCAUCCCCUAAACUCCCCUGGGAGAAACUGUACCAGACGGAGCCGCACCAAUCCUCUACCUCCCUCUCAAACACCUUCCCCAGAGGCAGCAUCAGCAGCAUGAGGCGAGCCUCAUCGGUUCACGAAAUUGAGGCUUAUAGCUGCAAUUCCAAAAGCAUAUUCAGGGAUCGGCAUACAAGUGAAGGCCCUUUUAAUCACGUGAAGUCCAGCCUGCUUGGCUCUACCUCUGAUUCUAACAUCAACAAGUAUAGCACCAUCAACAAGAUCCCUCUGAUUGCACUCAACUUCGCUGAGGGGACUGAUAAAAAGACUCAUUCGCCGCAAACAUCUGAGAAAGCCAUUAUAGCACCAAAGGUCAAAGACAGAACUCACAAUGUCACAGAAAAAGUCACACAGGUCCUGUCGCUUGGAGCAGAUGUGCUGCCGGAGUACAAACUCCAGACAGCCCGCAUUGACAAGUUCACCAUCCUCCACUACAGCCCGUUCAAAGCCGUGUGGGACUGGCUGAUCCUGCUGCUGGUUAUUUACACAGCAAUCCUCACUCCCUACUCUGCUGCUUUUCUUCUCAAUGACCAAGAGGAGCAGAAGAGACGUGAAUGCGGAUACUCCUGCAGUCCUCUUAAUGUAGUGGAUUUAAUGGUGGACAUUAUGUUCAUCAUUGACAUCCUGAUAAACUUCAGGACCACUUACGUAAACCUGAACGAGGAGGUGGUCAGUGAUCCAGCUAAGAUAGCGAUCCACUACUUUAAAGGCUGGUUCCUUAUAGACAUGGUGGCAGCAAUCCCCUUUGACCUUCUUAUCUUUGGCUCAGGAUCCGAUGAGACUACCACCCUGAUUGGCCUGUUGAAGACAGCUAGACUCCUGCGAUUGGUGCGUGUAGCCAGGAAACUGGACCGCUACUCUGAGUACGGAGCUGCAGUCCUCAUGUUGCUCAUGUGCAUCUUCGCCCUCAUUGCCCACUGGCUAGCCUGCAUAUGGUACGCCAUCGGCAAUGUGGAGAAGCCCUACUUAGAGCACAAGAUUGGCUGGCUUGAUAAUCUGGGCGUGUCCAUAGGAAAGAGAUACAACUAUAGCGAUCCUAGCUCUGGUCCAUCUAUCAAGGACAAGUAUGUCACAGCGCUUUACUUCACCUUCAGCAGUCUGACCAGUGUGGGCUUUGGAAAUGUUUCCCCAAACACCAACUCAGAGAAGAUUUUUUCCAUCUGUGUCAUGCUGAUUGGCUCCCUAAUGUAUGCCAGCAUUUUUGGAAACGUCUCCGCCAUCAUCCAGAGGUUAUACUCGGGUACGGCCCGUUAUCAUGCUCAAAUGUUGCGGGUGAAGGAGUUCAUCCGCUUUCACCAGAUUCCCAACCCACUGAGGCAAAGGCUGGAGGAGUACUUCCAACACUCGUGGACCUACACCAACGGCAUUGACAUGAACACGGUGUUAAAAGGUUUUCCUGAGUGCCUGCAGGCAGACAUCUGCCUUCACCUCAACAGGAAUCUUCUUCACAACUGCAAAGCAUUCCAAGGAGCCACCAAAGGCUGCUUGAGGGCCUUAGCCAUGCGCUUCAAAACCACUCAUGCCCCUCCUGGAGACACCCUGGUCCACGGUGGUGAUGUGCUCACUGCUCUCUACUUUCUGUCCCGCGGCUCUAUUGAGAUCCUGAAAGAUGACAUUGUGGUAGCCAUCCUGGGAAAAAAUGACAUCUUUGGAGAAAUGAUCCAUCUGUUUGCCAAGCCUGGGAAGUCCAACGCUGACGUGCGAGCUCUGAGUUACUGUGACCUCAGCACCAUUCAGAGGGAAGAUCUGCUGGAGGUGUUAGACAUGUACCCAGAGUUCGCUGACUGCUUCUUCAACAACCUGGAGCUUACCUUCAACCUCAGAGAUGAGUCUGCCAAGGCCUCCGGUUCCCAAGACGAUGAUUCAGAGGACGAGGGCACUAAAAGCAUUAAAAGAAGAAUUUCCUUCACCCCAGAUCUAUCUAAAGGGGAAAACAAGGAAGUGGUUAAAGACAUGGGGAGGGAGAGGGAGUCCAACUCGUGCCUAAAGAGAUGUUCAGGAGUCCUGGGUCCCUCUUCACCCACUCCCCCAGUCCUGGACUCAGAUCUUAUUGUCAGAGACAGUUUAGAGAGAAGUCCAUCUUUUGAAGAUCUGUGCUGUGAUAAAUGGGCCUGUAAGAAGCCUACGGACUACCUGGAUGAGUCAGCACACUUCCAGGACCUGAGAGAAGAUGAUAACUCUGCCAGCGAAAUCACGUAUGGAGAGGUGGAACAGCGCUUAGGUCAGCUCCAAGAGCACUUAAACAGGCUGGAGUCUCAGCUGAUGUCAGAUAUUCAGACCAUCCUGCAGCUGCUACAGAGGCAGCCGACUCUGGGACCUCCAGCCUACAGCACUGUGACUGCCAGUCCAGACUAUCACAGACCUGCAGUGAAGGUUCAGCCAGUUGCUCUGACUGCAAGCCAUUUUUUCAGCCAUACAGGAACUCAAGGCCCCAACCACAAACUGGAGAGCACCAUUCAGGAAUCCAAAGACUCUCUGUCGAGCUUGGCCAACGUGAAUGCACCCAUCGACGACAGCCUUACAGCACUGCUUGUACAAAGACAUACGGGGCCACAACAACAGCAACAACAACAGCAGCAACAACAGCAGCGACAACAACAGAUCACAGGGCAUCAGCAUUCUGCAUUGAUCCUUCUUCCAACUGAAACCUCCUCCACCUCCUCCUCCUCUUCCUCCCCAUCCCCUUCUGACUCCAACCUCAACACCACUGGACUCCAUAGACCUGUUUCAGACCCAGAGUUUCCAGGACCGUAAACCUUUCAGCAGCACAGUGCUCUAAUAUCUGGGUUGUAAUGCUGUAAUUACUAAGUAGCAACUUUUUUUAUCAGCAUGCUGGCACAGACAUCUGUAUUGUUAAUUUGCAAUGCCUUGGUAGUAGAAAUAAGAUGUUUUUUUUUUUUUCAUUAUGCAUGUGGAUAAAACACUGUUCUCUGCAGUUAACAGUGUGAUAACAAAAUGUUUUCUGCAGUUAUCAGUGUAAUAAUAUUGGUUACAUAUUGUAACAGUAGUUCUAGCUACACAGGCGCCCUCAGAUUGAAUCUAUAAUCGUCAUCACUCACUCACCUUUCUCACUGAAAACGUUGAUGCCCAACCAAUCAGGAUGAACCGGUUUACUAAAUUCUACUUAAUCAGCAGAGGUGCUGGUUAAAGGGCUCCACCUGGUUGUGAUAGAACUAGCACUACAACAGCUAACAAACUUACCAACCAACCAACCAGGCUUUAUACUCUAAUGGGCUCUAAUGGGUUCUGUGCUCCUUCCUGUCCUAACAUACAAAUUGGUCUCACUGGAGUGGGACACCAGGAUGAACAUCACAUGACCUUCUGUCAUAAAAAGCUGGUCUUGGUGCAUAGCACUGCCAGACAAAAGCACCUCUAUCAACAUUCACAACUUUACUCAUGGAGCUAGGGAAAAAGCCUGACACGCUUGACGUUCACCCUUGACCUUCCCUCCCUCAAUCGUUACUUGCGAAGUCAGAGGAGCUGACUGACCUACCUCACACUAGGCUGGUCCCCCUGUCCAGACACUCUAGGAUAAAGGAACUGGUCUAUCACAUCACCUUGAGUUCAUCCUGCUGUCAGCUACAGAGCCAGAGAAUGUACCUGCGGGUGCUGAUGAUGCUUGGCAAGGAUCCAGGAAGAGAAAGGGGGGAAAAAUGGACGGACUUAAAGACACACACUCAAAAACCUUUCGCAAAAAUCCUUUCUGUUCCAGCAGAAGGUGAAGGUGACAGCAGCAGCACUCUGAAGUCUCAUUACCAUAUCUGCGUACUGAUACCGGGACACAAUAAAACAUACAAAAUUCAUUGUCCUGCAACAACACAACAAAAUUACAAUGCCACUCCCUCAGUUUAAAGCAAUAUUAAAAAACAAUUAACACAAUUACUUUGGAAGCUGCCAAUCCUCCACUAGCAGGACUGUGCAGAAAGCAAGGGAGAGUUGCGAAGUUAACAGGGAUCAUUUCUUUGGACAGGAAUUUGCCAAAAAAGAAAAGAAAAAUCUGCUGACCUUUUUUCCCACCUUUUCACGCCUGUGGUCAGAUGAGGGAACAGUUAUCUGAGUUAAGCUGAGUGUCAACAGGGAGCAGCUACUGUACCAUUCACUGCCAAAGUGGCCAUAGAGACGGGGGCAAUGCAACUGACAGCUCAGCUUCCUACACUACAGUCAUUGCAGCAGGCAAGGAGCGCUGGUGAGGCCAAGACUAGAAACUGUAAAUGCGGACUGGAGGCAGCCUACCACUGUAACCAAGAUACUCUGGCAGCUGAUGGUCAAAGAAUUGGUGUCCAAGCAUUUCGAGGUGCAAGCCAAGACCCAUCGCACAGGUGUGAGCACCUGUAUGAGGAGGGGAAAAGAUUACACAGCCAUUUGUAGCAGCUAUUUGUCGAAACUGAGGCACUGCAGUGAAUUUUCUCCACUGUGACAGAAGAUCCUGCCUGAUACUGGCCAGCAAGCAGUCACUGAUGAGCCUGGUCAUCGCUGUUAGAGCUUAUUAGAGUCUAAAGCCUGUAUGCGAUACAUAGACAGACUCUACCUCUUAGAGGGCCUGAGCCUGCAUAUAAACAUACUAUAUGAACUAUUUUCUGCAGCUAUUAGUGUAAUACAGCAUUAUUACAAAGGUGUGAGAACUGUUUUCUUAUCCUUAGUUGUAUGCCUGUCUUCUCUGAAGUGUGACUCAGGGGUUAUGGACAAUUGCACUGCAAUAUACAGUACAGUAUCAAGUAUACUGUAGUUUUCUUUAAACAAUGUGCAUUAUUUCCGCGGUCACUGAUGUGCACCUACUCUAUUACAUUAAGCCAACGGAACACACCAUACUUGCUUGUCUGGGCAGAUAUCAUAACAUGCAGAUUGAAAAGUAUUCUGCUGUUAUCCCAGAGCUAGUCCUCUGACAAACAAGUAUGAUGUAGGCAUUUCUACAAGGCAGUGCAUGUGUUUUAUAUCUAUAUAUUUACUGUUUUGCACUGCUUAUGAGCCCAAAGUAGCACAUGACGAUAUAAAAUGAUGUCAGCAUACUUGUCUCUUUUAGAAUGCACUUAGAGGGUGUGUUGGGAGCAGAAGGUGGGCGUGGGAUUUUGAACACAGGGAAAGUUAGUACUUGCGCAUAAACAGGUGCCUAUACAACCAAUCCAAAUGCUAAGUCAGCAUCUUCAUGUAUAACUAACCAUACAAAAACAAAUCACAUUAUUUCCCUGAACUCUUUGUAGGUGAUGUACAUUAAAGAUGAUAUGUUGUUAGAUAGCUGUUAGAAAAUAAAUACAUCCUAUUGCCAGAUGUAAAAAAAAACAAAAAAAACAAACAUUUUUUUUAACUUAUAAAUUAUAAGAGAAACUCUUUAGCGAAACAGUAGUACAUGUUUGUUUUGAAGCUGUGGGAGCAAUAAAUUAAAACGCACUUAUAA